GACGUCCCGGUGGUGAUGUGUUCUGGGCCCCGCCGCACGCACUGCGGGCGCCUGGUCAUCGACGCCACAGCUCAGCCCAACCACGCGGAGAGCUCGAUCUACCAGUUGGGCACCGAGGGUGCGCGUUGCCUUCACGACGUCGCCAGAGGCAGGCUCGGCCUGACCAAGAUCGCCAAGCGGAUGCGCAUCGCCUUCCAUGGCAACCACACCUUGGCAGCGCUGGCCGACGUGCAUACCCUCUUCACCGGACAGUUCUUAGAAGCAGGCCCCAUCAACCCAGGUCGCGCCAAGGCCAGGGAGAAAG